AUGCCGCUAUUCUCCAACCAAAUUUUACCAGGGUCACAGUAUCGUAAAAUCCCUGAAAGUGAUGAUUUCCACGUGCUUAGGAACCAGGCAUUAGACCCACCGUCGCAGCAUCAACGGUGCGAGUUGCUAAGGCGCAACUCCCCAUCGAUUGCAGAGAACAGGGAGAGUUGCGGCACCACUACUACCCUCAACCUUUCCAGCGCACCUUCCUCGCUCGCACGG